ACCCUCCUGCGCAGAAUCCACCAAACAACGGGUGAGAGACGCGUGCGUGCCCCCGACGCCUGGGACGUCGGGCGCGAUAAUUUCAUCAACGACGAUUUCUUCAUCGGAGAUCAUCGUCGCGAAACGGGAAACUCAAGAAUUCGUCUCGAGCAUCCUUCGCGCGAGACGAAGAUCCCGCGAGGAAAUCGCCCGAGGGCUUCACGGGAUUUUUUUUUUCACCGAGAGACACAGCUCCAGCAAAUUAAAAUGGCUGUGUCUGACUGUCGAGUCGGGUGAUUUCGACAGCGGCGACAAUAGAAGAGGCCACAGGGUAUCACGCGGGGUCGUGAUUCUUGAAAAAUCGUUUGUCGAGAAAACGCAGACGGAGGGAUGACCCGGCGCUGCGCGCUGGAGCGCGAGAAACUUCGCUGAGCGCCGGAUUCUACACUCCGCCGGGGGAGAGACACGCGCGGAGGGGGUGGAAAAAGAAAAUCGUCGUCGGAAUUAAGAGCAAGAGGGAAAGGAUUUGUCGGGUAAAUUGAAAAAGUGUCCUCGCGAGAAAUGAGAUCCUACGACGGCGAGAGCAGCUCGACAGAGGACGACGAUCGUAGGGAGGGCCUGCCGGAGGCGCAUCUGCAGCAAGGAUCCUGGCAACGCACUGCGUCGCAUCCUACUUGGGCCUGGGAGCAUCGCAAUGCCCAUCCGCUGCCUCCACAAUCUGCGGCAGCCCUCGAGUCUGUAUAUUCAACACCAGGCGCUUCGCACCCGGGUGUCUCGGGUCCCCCGGCGGCGUAUUCAUCGGAGCACACUCAGAGCGCACCAGGACGAAGGACUCCGCUGGGUGCCGUGGGUCUCGGUGGCUUUUACUUUCAGCAACAACCGCAACCCCACGCCUCGUCGAGCGCAUUGUCCGAUGAAAAUCGACCGGACGAGAGACCCACGGGUUCGCGACUGAACUGCCCUCCGAAAUCGAAGACAACUCGUCAGGGGAAGAGCGUGAGGCUGAACAUUAACGCGCGAGAGCGCAGGAGGAUGCACGACUUGAACGACGCCCUGGACGAGCUCCGUUCCGUCAUCCCUUACGCUCACAGUCCCUCAGUGAGAAAGCUGUCCAAGAUCGCCACCCUCCUGCUGGCGAAAAAUUACAUUCUCAUGCAAGGAAACGCCUUGGAGGAGCUCCGGAGAGUGAUCGCCGUCCUGCAGUCGCCGCACGCGCACACAACCGCCCUGCCGCCCACGCCGGUCUCCUACGACCUCCUGCAGGGAUUCCCCGGCAAGUUGUUCCAAGGGGUGCAGGGGUUGCAGGAGAUGCAGGGGUUACCCGCGAACGAGCCUCAGAUCGUGACCGGCCCGCCCACCGACGGCACGGUCGCCAGCGGAGAGUCGAAUUAAGGAGUCAAUUUUUGUCCUUUCUUUUUCCCCGCGCGACUUCAUCUCUUCUUUGGUUUUCCGCAUGAAAGAUCUGUGAAUCGCUCGCACGCGAAUACAUGCCACGGAAUUAAAAAGAGAAUGUCGGAAAGAACAGCAAGAAGUAGAAGUCAAAGAAGUUUUUAGAAGCGAAAAGAGCGACGAUCGAUAAACGAUGAAGAUAUCGUGCGAGAUUUUUUAGAAGAUAUAGAGAGAGAUGCUUUCAGAAAACGCCUUUGGCUACGAAAGUAUUAAUUACUAGAGUAUUAUAAAGUGCUAAUUUCUCGAGAAAAAGAGAGAGAGAGAGAAAGAAAAAAGAAAAGAAGGGGGAUUAGUCUUUUAAAUAUUAAGAAUCUUAUUUAUCCGAUUAAAAUGAGGAAGGACGAACCGUACAAUUUUAUCUUUUCCGUAUAGAAAACGAAAAAGAAAAAUGUAAUAAACCGUUCCAGAAAGAGAGAAAAGAUGUCAUACUCAAGUAAUCAAAGAUAAACACGAAAAGAGAAAUGUUGAAACACAGGAAUCAAUUUAUCGACAGUCUAAAAAAAAAACAACUUCUCAACGAAAAAAAUAAAAUGUACGGCGAUUUCAAGUAUCACCAAUUCCCUCCAGCGGAUUAAUUAAGCUCGUCCAAAUAAAGUCUGGACGGAAGCAUUGUGAAAGUAUUGCGAAAGUACUAGCGAUUAAGAGAAUAAAACACUGUCGCGAUCUUACAGUCAAUAAUGCAGCAAUAAGACGACGGCGCCGUUCUCAUCCAUCCGACGAUUUUCGAAGAGACAACAAGUUUUCCGAUCGCUCAAUAAUUCUUUAUGAAAUACACUUCCUUCGUGGGAAGAAAGCGCAGAUUUUCUUCUGGAGGAAAAUUCUUCUUAUUGAAUUUGAUAGCCGUUUUAAAAAUGUCGAGCCAACAGUAGAGGACUGAGGAUUCGCGAGGAUAAAGAGAUCGCAAAAAAAGGGAAAUUUAGAGAAAUUUGGUACUGAUAGUUAUUUAUUUAUAUUUAUUUCGUUAGUAAUUUUUUAAACACUCGAAAUAAGUUAAUUAAUCUUCUGCAAACCAGAUGAAAAAAAUCAUCAUGGCAAUCAUCAUGUGGAAUUUCUUACAUGCCACCCACGCUAUAAAUAUACCAAUUGCCUCUUAAGGUAUACAAAAUAAAAUAAUAAAAAAAAAAUAAAAUCUUUAAUCUUUUAAAAGAAAGAAAAAGUUAUAGAAGUUUAAAUGCUAAGGAAUGUCGCACCUCAUCCAGCUCAUUGAAGAUGAAUUCAUUUUAAUCAAAUAAAUAUCGGUAUUAAAUUUCUCAAAAAAAGGUUCCAGGAGGAAAUACAAGGAAUUUGAUUUCUGAGGCUUUCCGGUUUUCGAGUCGAACGGAAGGACGAGAACGUCGCCAAGACUCGGGACGCGAAGUGCUCCCGGGUCUCGUCCUGAAACACGAUAGUCAAUAUUAGUAUGUGAUACGUAUGUCGAGGAGUUCUAGUCGUAUAUACAACAUAAAGAUGUUGAAUAUUCAUAUACACAUAUACGGUAUAUAUACAAAGUGUCUGAUAAUUGCUGACACAACGCUCGUGGACAAAUAGAGCGAACUAAGCUAGUGACUAUGCAUGAGCGGCGGAUUGCUGUUUACAGAAUGCUCCUCUCGUUGUCUACACGCGCACUAAACUAAUUUUAAUCGCUAGACUGUUUCUUAUCGCCGACGUGCACGCAAAUCUUCAUAAAUUAAUUUCUCGAAAAUUGCGAAAAUCGCAAAAUUGCACAGGAAUUUUUUUAAUCAGUUUAAUUCGCUCUAUCUAUCCACAAUCGUUGUUUCAAUAAUAUAAUUAUCAAACACCUUGUAUACAUAUAUAUAUACACAUAUAUACAUAUACAUAUAUAUAUUUAAUAAUCUAAACGAGUCAUUGACUUAUGACUUAUUUAUAUACUUAAGAGUCUACUAUACAAUGUGCCAAUGAUUUGUCCGCUUCUCGAGAAGCGUACGAGUGAGAGAAUGCGAUGUGAGUAGCGAGAGAGAAGCAUGGGAUUGUGUGGAAAGAGAAAGAAAAUUAUUUAUUGUGCUAUUUACAUGUAAAAGAUAUCGUGCGAUUUUCUUUCCUUUUUUUUCGCGACACCACCCUCUUUCGCCGGAGGGGAAGGUGAGGGCUAAGCAGCGUCUCAACGAAGGUAAAAGAAAGAUAUACCUGUUGUAGAGUGUAGGUAAUAAUUGUUUAGUGCUCUCGAAUAAAAUCUAUUUAAGAAAAUCGCAUCUCGAUGUCCGACGCGCACACUAAAUUGUAUAAUUAUCGAAGUAUCCACUUUAAGUUCACUUCAUUAUUUUAUUUUGUUACACCUUUUACUUUAUUUUGUUUUCUUGCGUCAGGUUUUUAAUUUUCACAUAAUGACGUAUUGUACACGGAAAGAAUUUACUCUCAAAAUUACCAUGAUCUUGGGAUAACAUGGUGCUUUGAAGAAUUUUACUAUAAUUUUAAUAAGAUUUUAAUAAAAUUUAACUAAACUCUUUUAUAAUAUAAAACAGUUUGGUUAAAAUAAAGGAAGAUAGAUAAAAUAGUCCAAUUUUGCCUAUUUUUGUUUAAUAAAUUUAUGUGCUGAAUAUUUUCCUGACAAAUUAAAACUUUUAAAUGCAAAAAUUAAAUUCAGCAAUUUAAAUUAUAAAAUAAACAUAAAAUUAUAACAAAGAUACUUGUAAUUCCAAGGGUAAAAAUCUAAUUACACAUUUUAUCUAUCAUCUUUAUACUAAAAUUUGAAAUGUUGUUCCACGACUAUUUAAUUAAAAAAAAUUCUAUUUGGCUGCAUUUACACCCUGCAUUCGGGCUACGGCUUGUACUUCAAAUUUGACCUAAAAUUAUUUAGGCCUUCUGAUGUAAACAUUUGGUAGGUAAUAGUAAAAAAAAUAAUGUCUGAGACAGCUCCUUUCCUCCCUCCGUUUCCUUUGCCUUUUUUACUAUACUGUUGACAGCAAUCAUCAAUAGACUAAUUAUCAAAUAGCUUUUUUAAUUUAUUAAAAAUGCGUUUGCAUACUUACCUAUUACAAGCAACAAAAUUUUCUCCGUUACAGAUAGAAAUUUAUCCCAAUUGUAGUAAAAAAAGAAAUUUGGCAUAAAAGUUUCGUUACUUCAAUCACUUCUCUUUCGUACAAAUCUAUC